AUGCAAAUUUUCGUCAAGACUUUAACAGGUAAGACUAUUACCUUGGAAGUUGAAUCUUCUGACACCAUUGACAAUGUCAAGUCAAAGAUCCAAGACAAGGAGGGUAUUCCACCUGAUCAACAAAGACUGAUCUUUGCUGGUAAGCAAUUGGAAGAUGGCAGAACUUUGUCUGACUACAACAUCCAAAAGGAAUCCACCUUGCACUUGGUUUUGAGAUUGAGAGGUGGUGGUAAGAAGAGAAAGAAGAAGGUUUACACCACCCCAAAGAAGAUCAGACACAAGCACAAGAACGUCAAGAUGGCCAUCUUGGGUUACUACAAUGUUGAUUCUGAAGGUAAGGUUACCAAGUUGAGAAGAGAAUGUCAACGUUGUGGUGCUGGUGUUUUCUUAGCCAACCACAGUGGUAGAUACUACUGUGGUAAGUGUCACUCUGUUUACACUUUCAAGACCGAAGCUUAA